AGUCCCCCAGUUGUUAUCAUAGUGGUACGCGGCGCUCUAACAUCUUUGGUAUAAACUAGGAGAAAAACAGCUGGAGAUCGGUAUCAUGGAGGGUGAGGCAACGACUUCAACGGGAGAGGCUGAGAAGUUUAUUCUGAACAACACUGCUGAUACAGAACCCCAAAAGACAUCAUUCGGAUGGAUGUGGUUCAGACCAAAAUGUAUUCAGGUGAUCAAUAACCCGCUAGGGUACUGUUUUAUGCUAUGUCUCUUGACUAUAUGUCAAAGUAUGACUUCAUUUGGGUUAGUCUAUGUCAACCUUACCACCCUUGAGAAACGCUUUGCCUUCAACAGUGUGCAAAGUAGUUGGAUAUCGAGUUCGUAUGACUUCUGCAAUCUCGUCGCCGCUGUUUUUGUUACUUACUUUGGCGAGAAGGGACAUCGGCCUCUCUGGGUAGGGACUAGUUCUGUUCUCUUUUCCGUAGGAUCCAUCAUAUUUUCAAUGCCUCAUUUCAUGUCUUCAAACUACGUCUAUCAUGAGACCGUGUCUGAUUACUGUGGUUUGCCAAAUCAGACAAACUUGUGCGAUGGUGAAGCCAUACGUGAAUCUGAUGAUGAACGAUUCCGUUUAUACGCCUCCUUCUUUGUCAUAGGUCAGUUUCUUCAUGGUAUAGGAUCGGCAUGCCUGUAUACCCUUGGUGUAGCAUACAUCGACGAAAAUGUCCCAACAAAACAUUUUGGAGCAUACAUGGGCGUUUACCAAGCUAUCUGUGUGAUCGGUCCCUCACUUGGUUAUGCACUAGGUGGUGUGUUUCUCAGCAUCUACGGUGAUUUGAAUGUUGAUACCAAUACACUCACAAUAGAUAAGACAAACCCUCUAUGGGUAGGUGCUUGGUGGAUUGGCUUCAUAAUGAAUGGAGUUCUUCUCUUCAUCUUCUCGAUUAUCUACAUGGGAUUCCCAAAAUCACUUCCAGGAGGAAGUGUGAUCAUGAGAGAUCGUCAGUUUGAGACCCAAAAGGGUAGUGAAUUCACAGGGAAAGAUGGCACUGUAAACCAAACCAAGGAUUUACCACGAGCUGUGUGGAAUCUUGUCACCAAUCUUCCCUUUAUGUUCAUGAAUAUGACCGUUGUCUUCCAGUUCUUCCUCUUGGCUAUUCUUGCUGUCUUUGGACCGAAGUAUAUUGAGUCACAACUUAGCAUGAGUCCAAAUGAGGCUGCGUAUUCUAUGGGUAUAUUGUCUGUGUCAGGUGGUCUCAGUGGUGCCCUCAUUGGUGGAUUACUUGUCAACCGACUUGACCUGAAGUUUUCUGGUCUAAUGAAACUGUGUGCCGUAUGCGCAUUUCUGUCGAUGUCGACAUGCUGCGUGUUUACCGCUGUUUGUCCGACGAUUGAUUUUGCAGGAGUAACAGUGUCAUAUGAAAAUAAGAGUUUAUCUCACGAGGGCGCUCCGAUCUUAAGUGCACCAUGCAACUCUCACUGCGUCUGUUCGAACAGCUAUGAUCCUGUAUGUGGGAGCGAUGGAAUCAUGUAUUUCUCUGCUUGUCAUGCUGGUUGUGAAGUCGAUACUCAAAUGAACGCUGAUUGGAGUUUCCUUGAGUGCCGCUGCAUAGAGGACAGCAGUACUUCGUCUGGACGAGGAACUGCCACUCCAGGGGUUUGUGACACAUCGUGUCCUUACACUGAACUCUACUAUGCCGCCAUCUUUUUCAUUCUACUCUUUGGUGCCGUGACAGCUGUAUCGACCUGGACUGCUAGCAUAAGAAUCGUUUCACACAGUCAAAGAGCCUUUGCACUAGGAAUCCAAACUCUGAUGUACGGAUUAUUAGGUUGUGUACCUGGCCCUAUCGUCUUUGGUGCUUUGUUGGAUGAGUCGUGUCUCCUGUGGGAAACCAGCUGCGAAGGUACGGGGAAUUGCUGGCUGUAUGAGAAUCGAGACUCUGCUCUCUGGUUUCUUGUUCUCAGUGUGAGUUGUCAGUUUUUAGCCCUGGUAUUCUUUCUCCUAGCUCUGAUUUCAUACCGCCCACCUGACAAACAUGAUCCAACCGAACAUAAGGAUUCUAGCAGUGAUGCAACUAACGUAGAUAUGUUAAUGGCCAACUCUAAUGCCAACGCUUGAUCUCCUUUUGGAGAACUAUAUUCUUUGGAUUCGAUUUUGUGAUGCCAAUAUUCUACAAAAAGACUGGAACUGUGCUAUUUUUUAUGACAACAAACUGCCAGUGAAUGGGGGAAGGGCAAGCGCACCUUCUCAAAGUUUUGACACCGGGGGUUAUUUUGUUGUUCAUCGGGAUAUAUGUUUUAAAGCCCCGCCGCCUUUCUCCCGUUUUAUCUAUUUUCGAAGCUUGUUCCCGACUGUCUUACAUCGCGCCAUAUUGGAUUUAACGCGUGCUCAGUGCAUUUACCUCCUUGUCCCCUUACUACCUUUUAGUUGACAAUUAGAUUGUACUUGCAUCCACACUAAAACGAGAUCUUUCUUUCAGCUAUCAGUUUAUAUCAAAUUAGAAAGUAAUAAAUUCAUGAAAUUAGCUAAAUUUAUUGUCGUUAGCUCAUGAUUUGUUCAUUAAAAGACAGUUAUGAGAUGUAUACCGGGAGGUGGGCACUCGGAUUUGGAACUGGAAUUUGCCAUCUGAGAUGUGGGUCUUCGAGAACUUACGCCUGGCUGACGGGCUUAGGAAUGGGAGAGAACAGGUUGACCAAUGGACAAAUGGGUGAAAAUUAUAUUUGUUUUGAACUGCUGGCUAGGCGUGAUAAUGAGACCAAUAGGGUCCCAUAUACCAUCACUGCUACCAUACACGAGUGCCCGCCCUCCCCCUAUCGGGUAGGAAAUAAAUAGAGACUUUUCGAUGUACGUAUGGAUGAUCAAGAAAAGAGUUAGUGCAUUGUCAAUUGCCGUCAAGACAGACAACAACCAAGAAGUCGUGUAAAAUUGACGAAUAGAAACAACAGUUUAGUCCUUGAUUCUGGACUAACGACAUUUUUGCAAUAUUUCGUCAGCUCUAAAACUUUUUAUGAUGAAACGGCUAUCCCUGUUCAACAAUUUUUUCGCAGAGCUAGAGACUACUCAGUUGUUCUUUGUCAGUUUACGGACAUUUGAAAAUACGGUGACAUGACAUUUGUUCCUGCGACAAUUGCUCCUGGCUUAAUUUCGUUUAAGAUGAAUGGUUAGGGUUGGAAUCGCAACAGGGUCUUAGGUUAGGUUUAGGGAAGGGUAUAGUGUAAAACUUAGGGUUGAAUUGGUCAUUUUGAUUAGUGUGUGGAAUUUAGAGCGGAGCAAUUGUCGCCAGAGCAAAUGGAACCGACAAUACAUUCGCUCUGAAUCCAGCGUGAGUUGCUGAUCGAGAAAUCCCACUCUCUUCGAAUCUUCUUUGAGGGGAAUCCACGGUUCACUGACUCAUGAGUGUGCACAAAUGGACACAAUAAUUAUGAUUGUGCAAACGAUUUGAUCUGCAAUUUUCAUUUCGGUUUUCAUUCCUGUUUAAGAAUACCUUUCAUCUCCAACAAUCACAGAUUAUUUUGAUUCAUACACAAUAUUGAAAACAAAAAUUAUCUACAUGUGUUCAUAGAAUGAAAUAGAAAUCAAAGAUGCUUCACUAAAGUGAUUAAAUUAAGCGUAUGUAAAUAUAAUAUAAAAAAAUAAUGCCCAUCAAAAUCGUGUAAUGGAUAGAAUCCUUUUGCAAGAAUGCUAUAAACAUUUUUACUUGCUAAAGAAAGGUAAUGACUACUGAUAUAUUUUAAUGCCCAUUAUUUCGUGGUAAAAGAAAAGUAAUAUAUACGAUAUAAAAGUAAUGCCCAUUAAAUAUUUAUAAUAAACAGUAAUCUAUACAGUGAACAUGUUAAUUGACAAUAUAAAAGUAAUUCCCACUAAUAAACUAAUAUUUAUGAAGUUGAGUCUAUUGAAAAGUAUAUUUUUGAUGAUUGAUUAAAAGGUAAAGGUAAGAAAAAACACAACAAUGCCAAUAAAGUUGAUUAUAUUUUAGAUGAUUCUAUGGGAAAUUUGAAAGAAUGAGGGACUAAAAUUCAUAUCAUAAUCAUUUUGUCAUAUCAUUUACAUAAACUUUGAACAGUGAAGAUCAUGCAUUAAAAUAGGUAAAGAGGUAGGGUUUAUCAUAUUAUAUUCUGAGAAAUCAUCUGAAUAACACCAAUUAUUAUGCUAAAAAAUGGUAAACAUAUCUUCCGCUCUUCUAAACUUCAUAAGUAAUUGAAAUGAGGUAUCAACGUAGACUUCUAUAAUUCUGAAUUUCAUCUCUUUAUCAAUGUAUAACGCAUAAAUUUAAAAGCUUAAAUGACACAAAAAAUAAUAUCGUAUCAUAUUCAUCGUAUUCUACACCAAUGACAACCAGUUACUGUUCUUAUCCUUCUUUAUGCAUAUGACAUUUCUUCUUCGGUCGCAGUAUCAUCAGUCGUACUGUUGGUAUGGCUA